AUUCAAAACUCAUUGAAAAGAUGAUCAAUUGGAAAGGAUAAAUUGAAUAACUGAAAUUAAAAAAUAUUGAUCUUGAGAAAGAUGAAAAAGAUCCCAAUAAGGUACUAAAAAGAACAAACUUUAUUUAAAUUCGUCAAAUUCCAGGAUAUGUAUAUUUUGAAUUAUGGAAAUUUAAAUGGAGGAAAUGUAAAAACAUAAUCUCUACAUGACUUUUGAACACCUUAAGGAUCACCUUUCCUCUCAUUGGGGUAAAUGGUGUGAGAAGAUUGAGAAGAUCUAGAAUUACACCAUAGACACUACAGGAAGCUGUACAAGAAAAUCCAAAAGAGUAUAACUCUCCAAAUGAGCGAUAUAGCCAUAAAUAUAAAGAAAUUAAUAAAGUAAGAUUGCAAAUAUUACUGCAUCAAGGCC